AUGGUCACACAUUGGAAGACAGAUCCCAUCAUGGAAACACAACCCAGACAACCUCGGAGGAUAAACCAACUCCACAGACCCCAGAUAUAUGUCAACCUUGAGUUUGGCGUAUCUUGGUCCCAGGCCCACCUGCCAAACCGUCAUGGCAUUGAGUAUAGAUCAAGGGGCUUGAGAGACAAAGGCUCCUACUCCCGCCAGGUGCCACCCCCAAACACCAACUACCUCGAGCAGAUCCCCGUUGUUGCCUUUGCCUAUCCGUAUACCGUCGACGACAGCAACCAACUUCAUCUCUACUAUCACCAAGAUCAGUCACUGCAGCUGCCUGUGGAUUCAAACUACCAGUUUUACCCGCCAGAGCAGUCGGAACAACAGCAACAACAAACACAGCAUGUCCCUAUCCCUCUUCGUACUUCAUCAUUAGCAAACCCACAAGAAAGCCCUCAGCGAGCUUCGCAAACAGCCAACAUCACUAGUAUCCCAUCUCUGCCUGUAGAUAUUGGCACCAGGCCAGCCACACAAACCACGAUCACCUCCAGCCGUGACCCUGUCCCCCGAGGUCGGCAAUUCUCAAAUCCCAGGAGGUUUCAGCCACAACUGGAGAGUCCUAUAGAGGAGCCCGAGGAGCAGAGGCCGUCACGCGAGGCCAGGACGCCGGUGCACUCCAGAGGUCGUUCCGCACCACCACCAAUCGCCGACAGUCCCUGGAACGUCCAGGCCCAGCCGGCCGUGUUCCAGUUCACCCAGCAGUCAGUUCCCAGUGUUUCGUCACCAACGCAGUCUACCGGCUCCGUAGCCAUGCAAGGAAGGUCGAUAUCUCAGGGCGAUGCGCGGCUGUGGAAGGCCCUUCCUGAGCCGCCAACCUCGUUCCGACUCGGCGAAGAGGUGGUGGAACCAAGGCGAGCGCGAGGCGAUCCAGGUGCGCACGGCACCAACAACACCGGUGCUUGGCAACAACAACAAUAA